AUGAGCUCGGCCGUACGAGACCCGCUCGAGGGCGACAUCCCGUACGUCGACGGGGAGCAGAUCGAGGAAGACGAGGAGGAGGAAGAGGAGGAUGUGCCCAUUGGCGCGUACGAGGAUGAGAUCUAUGAAUCAGAAUCGCCCUCGGAAAGUGGCACAGAGUCUCUCACCUGGAUCUCGUGGUUCUGCUCCCUGCCGGGUCACGAAUACUUUGCCGAGGUAGGCGAAGACUUUAUCGAAGACGACUUCAACCUUACGGGACUCAACGCGCUCGUUCCGUUCUACAAAGAAGCCCUGGAAAUGAUCCUCGAUGUGGAACCACCUGAGGAGGACUCACUCAAGAUCCCGGACGUCUCGAUCGUCGAAUCGUCCGCCGAACUGCUCUACGGGCUGAUCCACCAACGAUACAUCCUGACGCGACACGGGAUGCAGCAGAUGGUGGAAAAGUACGAGGCGGGUCAUUUCGGCUACUGUCCUCGCGUCUUUUGCCAUUCUCACCCGGUCCUCCCUUGUGGGCGAAGCGAUCUACCUGGCUUGGACACGGUGAAACUCUUCUGCCCCAAUUGCGUGGACAACUACAGUCCGCCAAGCAGUCGCUUUCACGGCGUAGACGGCGCGUUUUUUGGUACCACCUUCCCCCAUCUCCUCUACCAAUGCUACCGGGAUCUUUUCCCAUCCAUCAUCGCACCCAAACCAACAUCCGACGUCGGUGACCACCAGAUCACUCUUGGCCCCCAACCCACCCCCAGCACCACAGAAGAGACAGCAACACCAGCAGAGCCAGAGGUGCACAGAACAAUCCACCCCGACCAACUCGGCAAACGCGUCCCCUACAGCAGAAUCUACACCCCCAAGAUUUAUGGGUUUAAGGUCAGCGAGUACGCCAAAACAGGCCCGAGGAUGAAGUGGAUGCGCAUGCGACCUACCGCUCUUGACCAGUUGGAUCGCGUUUGA